AAAAUAAGCAUUCUCUGCGAGUAGCUGUGAGCAUAGGGUGAGUGUUCGAUCGAUGAGAGUCAGAGAUCCGGAGUCCGUCCGAGUCUCCGAGGCUGAAGUGGAGGCAUGGUAUUGUGCUGUCUGCACAGGGGGGAAGAACAUCGCCGCCGCAGCCACAAGCACGCAUGCUGUAAAUUACGUUACUUGCCUCACAUGGAUUGUCUUUCCUUUGAAGUUUAGUCCGCUUUGAAAGAAUUAAGUGGUUAAGCAUUGUGCUGGAAAGCCCUUGAAUACACACCAUUUUCCUCGACAUAGCGCCGGUCAACUAUUGAGUUUUAUCAUUUGGUUUUCAAGCAGCCAAUGCCAUCGAUACCUGUGAUUUGUGGUCGUCACGCACACGAAGAGAUGCGCCGGUGUCGAAUCGUGCCCGCACACGGUAACUCCUGGCUGUUCCGCCGGUCAAUACAGUCGACGUAAUUACAGGGUAACCAACAUAAAACCAUGACAGUGUUUGUGCGGAUCAAAUCACAGGGGUGUAUUGAUUGGACAGACACCGGCUAAUGAAUGAAAUACCUGUGCAGACCCGACAACAUCAAACGAGACACCGGAUGCUUGCGACCAGGAAGGUGUCAGGAUACGGAGUUUAGCUGGUUCUGAAAGUCCACGACUUUUGUAUAUGUUUCUCGCGGACAAUGCUGCUACAUUUCACUCGCACUUGUCCCGACCACUCUCAUCCACCGCGGACAAUGUGAACGGGAGUUUCAGGGAUGCACGUGUGGGCAAUCCAGUCUUACCUGUCCCUGAGUGGAAGUUAGCGUCGCAACAGUGGGGCCGUGCGUGGCCGUUCCAUGUAUAUGGCUUUUCCCUCCUGUUCCUAACAGUGUCCCUGCUCUCUCUGGGUCUAGUGUUCAAAUUCUAUCAGAGGAUUAGAAGAUCAAAGAUUGUCUUGAACACGACGUGUUUGCUGUGCCUCUCGGGACUGUUCCGGAUUCUGUACUUGACCGUGGACCCGUAUGGGUAUUCAAGGAACUUUUCUGGAGUGAUCGUUGGGGUGUUGUCGCAGAUUAUCUACCCUUUCCUUUGUGCCUCGUUCGGACUUAUUCAGAUCAUGCUUUUACGAAUGACCAAAGUUGAUGUGGGGAGAAGCAAACUAAGAAGUUGUACGUAUCUUUUUGCAUCAACUUUAUCCUACCUCUUCUGCAUAGUAUUAGCAGAAGUAAUUGUGUUUUAUGAAGUCAAAGCGAAACUUUUGCUCAUAAUUGACAGUGGUUUUUUUAUUGUGUUAUCCUUAUAUCUAUGCAUCAGUUUCAUCUGCAACGGCUUCCGACUGUCGCAGUAUGCAUCUGAAACUAAAAGAGUCAGGAAGGAAUUGGGCAAUUUUAGCACGAGACGAAUCCAGCCUGGGGUGAGAGCAAGUAAGUCGUCAAGCUCUUUACGUUUAUCCCGUCCAAAACUUCGCAUAACCGACGAGAACCAUAUGACUAUAGCUAUAGCUACUGACGUAGACACGACAUCGUCAUCGGACGAAAAUGGAAACGGGACAAAAAAAGAAAGUAGGAUACAAAUUAAGAAAUUGACUACAUCUGAUGGCGUGGACCCCCCGCAGGAACAGAGCGACCGGUCGGAGACGGAGGUGUUGUUAUCCGAAGAGGAGACACCUCCUCAGGCAAAUUCAGAAUCUUCCACGGGAGUUGACGGUUUACCAAUUACACACCCCCUGCAAACAUUCUCCGAUUUCCAGUCAUUAUCUGACGACGAGGAAAGCAGACGACCUAUGAUCCAGAGGCAGACGACAGUAAACUGUGCGUCAGACCCAGACUCGGAAGAUGACCGUAAAAGGAUAAGGAGUAAGCGGCCACCUGGAGCGAGUGGAACUUUGGAGAAUGGUUACAUGGCGGACACGGAAAUAGUAUUCCAAUCUCCAAAGUCCAGAAGUAGGAACACAAGGGAUAUUCGAGACAAACAGCAGAGUAGGCCAAUCUUGGAGGAUUUUGACAGUACCGACCUUGAACGAAACAGCAGUACAUUGUCUGUGAAUUUCAGGACCAAACCAUCCUCAAUAAGUUUGUUGCGAAUUCGACAGAGUAAGAUGAUUCAGAGAGCGGUCCACAUUACCUAUUCAAUAACAUUCCUAUUCAUGUUUGCGUGUCUAUUGCAACUCUACACAGUGUUUGGAGUGUACGGAGUUCUCAAUUCCUCCUUCGUUCCGGACCCAUGGCCUUGGUACACGUUCCAGACGCUUUUCAGAUCGACAGAGGUGGCCAUCGGUCUGACGUCAACGGGCGUUGUGUACAUCAUUCUCAGUCAUCGAACCGCCAGAGGGCGUCGGAAGGUGCACAUGGCACGUGACCUGGUGUCUGAUUGCGUUGUGUGACAGAUCUUCUUUGAAGCCAGUUUCUGUCAAAGGUCAUGCCGUGAGACAGUCGACUCUAACAUCAACCCUAUGGUGACCUUUCAUGAGCGUGUAGCAUUCCGCUAUCUGUGAUUUCACUGCGCAAAGUUGACGAAAAUAAACCGAACAUUUUGCAGCAUGACAAGGUCCUCUCAAUUCGAGAUAAGGAAUAUACCACACGUGGGGACUUUUUAUGCAUUAUUUUCUAUGUGGGAUAACACAAACAUGUAUAUAGAUGAUUAGAUACAUGUAACGGUUGUGAAUUCAUACACGUUUCGGGGACUACUUUUUUACAUCACGUGACCAGGUGAACCUGGUGUCAAUAUUUUUUAUAGAAUGAUUUUUAACCUAAGGCCAGUAAACGUUUCCUUUUUACCAUUUCUUCUUUGGGAAAACGGAGGUGGACCAUAUACACAACACCAAGACAGCAGCUGUAUUCUAAGUUGAGCUGGGUUGUUUAGGGCUAAUGUUUAUUAUUCUAUAUGUCAUUCCAGUAUUUAUGUUAUAUUUAUUUAUUGUAAGUUCGUUAUGCCGAUCUGUCAAGUAUUUUUGUGUUGACUCCCAAGUUCAUGAACAUGGUAGUAACUGACUACCCUUGGUCAACUCAUUUUAUAAGUCAUCAAAUGUCCUAUUAUAAGGUGGCACCAGUGUAACACUCUCAUCAACUGCCUAUCUCGAACUACGUAUACCUCGACACAUACGGUGGUGUCCGAGGAUUUCUUUAGAGAUUUUACACUGUAUAUCUGUCUCAUAAUAAUAACGGGUCUUGUAAGUAAAUGCUUAAGUAGGUAUGGUUUAGCGCCGCUUUUAUCAAUAUUCUAGCAGUAUCUCAGCGUGGGAUAAAAGGAUUGGAUCAUACAAUGUAUCCAUAUGAAGUAUCCAACAAGAGAUUUUCGAAGUGACAAGCAAACGAUGUGACCACCGGACCAACCAGUCGAUGUAAUGCUAGUCGGGCAGAUAUUUCGACAAUGGGCAUGUGAACCCAGUACGAAACUAUGAAUAUGAAAUAUAUUGCCGAUUGGUAAAUGGCAUCUAACAAGCACUGGAUUAUCUGGUCCAGAUCCCAUUGUUCACAUGCCGCCGCCGUCGUAUGGCAGGAGUAUCGCUGAGUACGCCGUUAGGCAACUAUCAAACACUUAUUUUUUUAAUGAAAAAUGUGUGAAUGGCGGGUACUGCAAGUAACGCAGGACACGCUUACUCUAUUCGCGAACACCUGGUGUCAUCACUGAUUUUCAGUGAUCCAUUCAUAUAAUUUCGUUCCUAGUUUGCCUGUUGCGCCCAAUGGCAUCUGUUGGGCAGAUAAUCGACACUAGUAACACGCCCAAAUGAAAUUGGAAGCAUUUUUAAUCAGAGCCCAGAUUCAAAAAAGCGUUCUUUGAUCAAACCUGCAAAUAAGGAAGAGAAUAUAUGGAUGUCAUCUUCUUUAUUAUGAGGAACACAGCGUUUCGGAGUAUAUGCUUAUUCCUUCAUCAGGUGAAAGAAUGUUAUGAGGCAGAGAGCAUAUAUAUUUACAUGU